UAACCUCUCUCUCUCUCUCUCUAGUAGUUUAUAUUCUAUAAAUACCGCCAUGAACCACUUGAGAGCUUCUCAAUCACUCGACCCAAAUUGUGAGUGAAGCAAGCAAAUCAAGACUUUGCUCUCUUUGUUCAUCGAAUCUGGACACCGCCCUCGAACUCAAUACCAACCCUCUAGAGCUUGAUUUCGCCGGAAAACGUCCGAAGAGGGAAGAGUCGGACACUGCUUCUGCAGAUAUGGAGAGGACGUGGCUGGCAGAAGACGAGAGCACUAGAAUGUUGAAGGAGGAGCUAGAUCGGGUUAACACCGAGAACAAAAAGCUAAGCGAGAUGCUAGCCACUGUCUGCGAGAACUACUACGCUCUACAUAACCAUUUGAAGGAGCUGCUGAGCAAAAAGGGUUCAGGAGAUAACCAGAAAGAGCAAUCGACAAGGAAAAGAAAGUUCGAUAUGGACGAGUUUGUAGACUGCACGAUUGGACUCGGUAGUGGAAAAACCGAGAGUAGCUCCAGCGAAGAAGAUCGUCAUCAUCAUCAUCCAUCAUUAAAAGUCACUGAGUGCAUUGGAAAAUCUAAGGUUUCCAUGGUUCACGUGCCUGCAGAUAUGUCUGAUACAAGCUUGACUGUGAAAGAUGGAUAUCAAUGGAGGAAAUACGGGCAAAAGGUAACGAGAGAUAACCCGUCCCCUCGAGCUUACUUCAGAUGCUCUUUCGCUCCAUCGUGUCCUGUCAAGAAGAAGGUGCAAAGAAGUGUGGAAGAUCCGUCGUUCUUGGUAGCGACCUAUGAGGGGACCCACAAUCACCCGAGCCCGAACCCUUCGGGGGGCGAAACCCUGAGCCAUGGCAGGUCGAACAAGGCGGGUAUUGAUGUGGUUCAAAGUGGUGAAGAGAAGAAGAGGGAGAAGGAAAUAAUACCGGAGGUGAUAGUUCAGCAAAUGGCUUCUUCCUUGACGAAAGAUCCAAACUUUACAGCAGCUCUUGCGGCUGCAAUCUCUGGGAGAUUGUUGGCGCAGUCAAGAACUUGAGAAAUCUCAUUGUAAUCAAUUUUUCCCAUCUUUUUUUUUUGUUAAAGGCCAAGUCGAUUUUAGUCUACAUGUAAACUAGGAUAUCAAUUUGGACCCUAAGCAUGAAAUCUGACUGAGUCCAUCCAAAAAAAUAUCGGGUUUCGGAUUUAUAAAUAUAGGCACGAAAAGUUUCGAGUUUU